AGCGUUGGAAGGAUCUUGCUGUCUCUGGAAGUUUCAGGACAAGUGUGAAGAUGUUUCACUUCGUGGUGUCAAUGCUGCUGGUCUGUCUGCUGACCUUUGAGGUCACCGACGCUAAGAAAAACAAGAACAAGACGAGUUAUCAAAAGCAGAUUGACAACCUGAGAGAUGAGUUCGAGGCCUUCAAGAACGAAACAUCUGAUGAUGACAAGCCGUACUUUGGAUCAUACGUUCAGCAGGGCGACUGGCUGCUGGCCUUCCGCCUUGUGGCCGGCAACAACCAGCCAGGCUACGACGCCUACAUGGACGUCAACAGAAACGACGACGACCUGCUAGUUCGGGCCUUGACCCCGUGUUCGUGUCUCUCUAUCAACGGCACGUGCAACCGACAGUACCGCGGAUCAGUUCUCUCCCUGUGGACACAGCUGCCCAUCCUUAAGGUGAAACUGUCUUUGUACGAGGGAGGGAAAGAGAAGGCGUUUGCUGUGUUCAAUGGAGUGGGCACUACUUUCACCAGCUGGUUCACUAAUGACAGACUGGAAAAUUCCUCGUGGACCGACCUGAAGGCGUCAGCAAAAAACUUCUUUUCCAUCACUGGAGAUGAUGGACUGAAAAGACGAUUGUUCAUCAACAACGCCUACCCUGGGUGUGCUAACGACGUCGGAUGGUUGGUUGUCAAGGAUGUUGAGGACACGUGUACGUGGGGCAAGUCCACCUCCUUCCCUCUCAUCCUGUACUCUGCGACAGGAAGUAAAGUGGUGUACCAGUCGACAGCCGUGUCUAAAGCCGACUCUCUGGCUGUGUGGGUCUCCUUCAAGGAACCAGAAACAUUCGGCGAGUCCUGCUUCUAGAAAACUCGCAUGUUCGCAAUGUAAAACAUAACACAAGUCCUGGCCAUGAUCCCGCAUGAUCUGAUGAUUCAAGCUGAUGUUGUAGCCAUUGAUUCUUCUGAAUAAUUGUCACGUGACAGAUACGUGUACUUCGUGGCUUCAGAAAAUGAAAGGUUUCACCUUGUCACCAUAUUUCAGUUUGAGAAGUCAAAAGCUCAAAUAAAAACUUGCAAGAACAUUUGAA